GGAAUCAAAGCUGGGGUGUUGCUGUUGCAGUAGUGAGUAGAAGAGUGCUACUUUUGGGUCUUAGAUUCAAACCGUUGAAGUUGGUGAUGACUCUUGGCAUGAUGUUCAGGUUGCCUUGGAUUUGCCUUUACUUCAUAUGUGAAAUAUGUGGCCAAAAACUUCAACAAGAGUUGGAAGUACCCCAGAGUUCUGGGUACUCUAGCUUCAGACCCAGGCCUCCUGGCAUUGGCUCUGUACCUUCCAUGAAUGACUUCAGCUCAAUCAAAGGUCAAGCGUUCCCAAGUUACAAUGAACCUUCUAAGGAAAGUAAAGCAGAGACUCCUCAUGCCCCAGCAAGCCAGAUGCAGAUGCCAUCAAACCAGGUUUGGUCUCCGGUGAGCCAAGAUGGCCUGGCGAACUCAGUGUGGACUCCCCUCACCCCUGCUCAGGAGGGCCAGGGUCAGCAGUCUGUAAGCCAGGCGUUCAAGAUGGCAAGGGCCCAGAUGUCCCCGCCAUCAGUGAGCCAGGCUGCCAAGAUGCCACAGGCGCAGAUGCCCCCAGCAUGGGCCCAGAUUCCCCAGGAGAAAACCCAGAUGCCCCCAGCAUGGGCCCAGAUGCCUCCAGCCCCAGUGAGCCAGGCUGCCAAGGUGCCCCUAUCCCCAGUGAGCCAGGCAGCCAAGAUGCCCCAGGCGCAGAUGCCCCCAUCAUGGGCCCAGAUCCCCCCGGCUCCAGUGAGCCAGACAGCCAAGAUGCCCCAGGCCAAGAUGCCCCGAGCAUGGGUCCAGAUGCAGAUGCCAUCAAACCAGGUUUGGUCUCCGGUGAGCCAAGAUGGCCUGGCGAACUCCGUGUGGACUCCCCUCACCCCUGCUCAGGAGGGCCAGGGUCAGCAGUCUGUAAGCCAGGCGUUCAAGAUGGCAAGGGCCCAGAUGUCCCCGCCCUCAGUGAGCCAGGCUGCCAAGAUGCCCCAGGCGCAGAUGCCCCAGGCGCAGAUGCCCCCAGCGCAGAUGCCCCCAGCAUGGGCUCAGAUGCCUCCAGCCCCAGUGAGCCAGGCUGCCAAGGUGCCCCAGGCGCAGAUGCCCCCAUCUUGGAACCAGAUCCCCCCCGCUCCAGUGAGCCAGACAGCCAAGAUGCCCCAGGCCAGGAUGUCCCGAGCAUGGCUCCAGAUGCCCCCGGCCCCAGUGAGCCAGGCAGCCAAGAUGCCCCAGGCCAGGAUGUCCCGAGCAUGGCUCCAGAUGCCCCCGGCCCCAGUGAGCCAGGCAGCCAAGAUGCCCCAGGCCAGGAUGCCGCGAGCAUGGGUCCAGAUGCCCCGGGCUCCAGUGAGCCAGACAGGUGCAGAUGCCCCCAGCAUGGGCCCAGAUGCUUCUGGCCCCAGUGAGCCAGGCAGCCAAGAUGCCCCCAGCAUGGGUCCAGAUGCCCCCGGCCCCAUUAAGCCAGACAGCCAAGAUGCCCCCAGCAUGGGUCCAGAUGCCCCCGGCCCCAGUGAGCCAGGCAGCCAAGAUGCCCCAGGCGCAGAUGCCCCCAACAUGGGCCCAGAUGCCCCCGGCCCCAGUGAGCCUGGCAGCCAAGAUGCCCCAGGCGCAGAUGCCCCCAUCAUGGGCCCAGAUCCCCCUGGCCCCAGUAAGCCAGACAGCCAAGAUGCCCCCGGCUCCAGUGAGCCAGACAGCCAAGAUGCCCCAGGCGCAGAUGCCCCCAACAUGGGCCCAGAUGCCCCCGGCCCCAGUGAGCCAGACAGCCAAGAUACCCCAGGCCCAGCAUGGCUCCAGAUGCCCCUGGCCCCAGCGAGCCAGGCAGCCAAGAUGCCCCAGGCGCAGAUGCCCCCAGCAUGGGCCCAGAUGCCCCCAGCAUGGGCCCAGAUGCCCCCGGCCCCAAUGAGCCAGGCAGCCAAGAUGCUCCAGGCCAAGAUGUCCCAAGCAUGGGUCCAGAUGCCCCCGGCCCCAGUGAGCCAGGCAGCCAAGAUGCCCCAGGCCAAGAUGCCCCGAGCAUGGGUCCAGAUGCCCCCGGCCCCAGUGAGCCAGGCAGCCAAGAUGCUCCAGGCCAAGAUGUCCCAAGCAUGGGUCCAGAUGCCCCCGGCCCCAGUGAGCCAGGCAGCCAAGAUGCCCCAGGCCAAGAUGCCCCGAGCAUGGGUCCAGAUGCCCCCGGCCCCAGUGAGCCAGGCAGCCAAGAUGCCCCAGGCCAAGAUGCCCCAAGCAUGGGUCCAGAUGCCCCCGGCCCCAGUGAGCCAGGCAGCCAAGAUGCCCCAGGAGCAGGCAAAGGUGCCUCCGGCCCGAGUAAGCCAGACAGCCAAGAUGCCCGGGGCAUCUGCGCCUGGGACAUCUUGGGCCCAGAUCCCCCUGGCUCCAGUGAGCCAGACAGCCAAGAUGCUCCAGGCCAAGAUUCCCCAAGCAUGGGUCCAGAUGCCCCCGGCCCCAGUGAGCCAGGCAGCCAAGAUGCCCCAGGCCAAGAUGCCCCGAGCAUGGGUCCAGAUGCCCCCGGCCCCAGUGAGCCAGGCAGCCAAGAUGCCCCAGGCCAAGAUGCCCCAAGCAUGGGUCCAGAUGCCCCCGGCCCCAGUGAGCCAGGCAGCCAAGAUGCCCCAGGAGCAGGCAAAGGUGCCUCCGGCCCGAGUAAGCCAGACAGCCAAGAUGCCCGGGGCAUCUGCGCCUGGGACAUCUUGGGCCCAGAUCCCCCUGGCUCCAGUGAGCCAGACAGCCAAGAUGCUCCAGGCCAAGAUUCCCCAAGCAUGGGUCCAGAUGCCCCCGGCCCCAGUGAGCCAGGCAGCCAAGAUGCCCCAGGCCAAGAUGCCCCGAGCAUGGGUCCAGAUGCCCCCGGCCCCCGUGAGCCAGGCAGCCAAGAUGCCCCAGGAGCAGGCAAAGGUGCCUCCGGCCCCAGUAAGCCAGACAGCCAAGAUGCCCGGGGCAUCUGCGCCUGGGGCAUCUUGGGCCCAGAUCCCCCUGGCUCCAGUGAGCCAGACAGCCAAGAUGCUCCAGGCCAAGCUGCCCCAAGCAUGGGUCCAGAUGCCCCCGGCCCCAGUGAGCCAGGCAGCCAAGAUGCCCCAGGCCAAGAUGCCCCGAGCAUGGGUCCAGAUGCCCCCAGCCCCAGUGAGCCAGGUAGCCAAGAUGAGCCAGGCAGCCAAGAUGCCCCAGGCGCAGAUGACUCAAUCCAACUCUUUAGGUAGUCUUGGCAGCUCCUCCAUGGAUGUCAGUGGCGAUGCUGAGGGUCCCUCAUCAGGGCAAGAGCACUACCUUGUGAUCUCAGAGCCAUCAGGUUUUCAAACGCGCUACGUGGUUAAAUCCUUCAAUCGUUACGUGCGUGGAAAAAGGGUCUUUUCCCAAACCACCUACAUCCCACUGGACGUUCCUCCAAGUGAUGGUGCUGCUCAGCCUGCUCCUGUCCCCAGUUUUCCUGGACAUGAAGCCCAGACUGGCCAAACUGUAGACUACAUUCCUUCAAGGAAAGGAUAACUUGCCCAGUUGAUCUUUGCCAUAGAGGCCCUGAACUCCAACCUGAAUGGAUUUCUAGGAUUCACUUUACAUUGUGGUUAAAACAAUAAAAAGAUUUUUCUCAAA